GCCGCGGUGUCCACGUGACCCACCCUUUCCCCACAUCUGGAAAUGGGCGGCGAGCGACGCUUCGUUUCUUCGGCGGUCGCUGCAAAUUUCCGGGUCUCGCGCGCGGCCAUCCAACCUGCUUGCUGCCAUCUUUCCAUGCCCCCCACGGCUGCGCGACCUACUACUGCGAUUCAACGCGAACCCGGGUGACGCUGCGGUCAGCUGUCGUCGUCAUGAAUCCGUCUCUUCGAUCCAGCCCUGCCUUUUCGAGGGCAUCCUCUGCCCUGGCCCUGCGUUCUGCUGGUGGUCUUCCCCGCACGACGGACCUGGCUCGUCGGUAUGCGACCCAGAGCGAUAUGGGUCGGGGUGCCUCGGGGCCUGCGACGCCCCGGAGAAGGAACGUUACCGUCCUGUCGGACGACGGGCGAUACGAGUGGGGGGAGCUGAGCGGGCGGGAAAAGGCCGCUCGGGCAACGCAGCAGUCGUUCAACUUUGUGGUGGUCUUGGCGGGUGCGGUGUUGACGGGAGGAGUCUUCUACCUCCUAUAUACCGAGGUCUUCUCCCCGAAUAGCAGGACGUGGCAGUACGAAAAGGCCGUCGAACGCAUCAAGAACGACUCGCGGUGUACGGACUUGCUCGGAGAUCGCAGGGAGAUUACAGCUUUCGGAGAGAAUACGGGGAGCAGGUGGGCGCGGAACCGUCCAAUUGCGAGCUCGAUUGACAAGGAUCGCUUGGGUCGCGAACACUUAAAGAUGAACUUCCAUGUCGAGGGACCUCGCAACUCGGGCGUUGUCUUUGUGCACAUGAUCAAGUCUCAUGACCAAAAUGACUGGCAAUAUCAUCUUCUUGCGUUGGAAGUGAACGGUCACUCGCGGAUUGUGCUCGAGCAGGCUCCUGAGAAACCAGGAGUUGGCAAAGCAUUGAAGCUCCUCGGUAUUCAGUGGCGUUAACUCACAACUUUAUAUACCACGGAAACUGUGUGCUGCAUGGCGUACGCCACGAAGUUGGCAUUACUUGUUCCGAUAGCGGAACUGAGAUGCCGAAUCUGCUUACAUUUGGCUGACGGGCAAGAAUGUCGCCUAGUCAAACCUAUCGCAGCUUUGGGGCCAGGAGACCAAGCUGCUGGUAAACCUAGAGAGCGGUCUGAAGAGGGGUGUCUUCUCUGACUGUCCUAUCAUUGUAUCAUAGUGUAUUAUUCAUCAAGAUGACUAGGUUAUUUAUCUACAUAGCAUAUUUGCAAUAGCCAUUCAGUGCUUAUGUCAUGAACAAGAU